GAGCCCGAGAUUGAGAACGAAGCAAUUGAAGGUGAUGGCCAAGUAGAUGCAGAAGACAUUGCUCAGGAUGAAGAAGUUGAAGAGAAUGAACCAAGGAGGAGACUAGGCAGGAACCUUGGUGAAUGGGCGUCUCUGUCAAUGCAAGAAGUGGAAGAGUACAGCUUCAACGAUUUUAUGAUCGAGAUGCUUUCGAGACGUGCAGAAGCAGAAGCGAGGUUCUACAAGAGAAGUUCGGCCAAGAGCAUAGCUAAUGAGUACAAGAAAGCUCUUUCCAACUUUAUACAUAUGAAUGAGAGUGAAAUCAGGAACAACACCGACCUCACCUGCUUGGAUCAAAGGUUUUGA